UACGAUGAUCCUGCCAUCAAGUCUCUCAGUUCAGACCCAGAACCUGCAAUACUCCUGCCGGCUUAGUAGUGGCUUUUCUACAUGAUCCCCUGGAUUUUAUCAAUUGCUGUCUUGGAGCCAAAGCUUUCUUUCUCCUCAUGAAAUUCAAGCAUCCAUUAAAGAUGGCUUCCAAGAGAUUUGCAAGGAUGCUUGUUUUCACUAUGGCUUUGGUUUGUUUUUUCUGUUUAUAUGCCAAGCUGGGCACUUUCGAAAUCUGUAUAUUCUGUGAGACGAAGCACGAGGUUUUUCCCUUUAAGGGAGAUGGACGUUUUUUAAGAAGGCCUCAAAUGAAUUGCAGACGGAAUCCACCAUUCCUGGUCAUUCUUGUGACAUCAUCUCACAAACAAUCCAAAGCCCGGAUGGCUAUCCGUGAGACAUGGGGCAGAGAAAGAAUAAUAGACAACAAACUUAUUGUGACCUAUUUUCUCCUGGGAAAUACCUUCACUGCUGUUGACCAGCAUGCUAUUGGUUAUGAGAACAAAAAACAUAGAGACAUUAUCCAGAAGGAUUUUCUAGAUUCCUACUACAAUUUAACAUUAAAGACUAUUAUGGGCCUUGAAUGGAUUCACAAAUUCUGCCCACAAACCAGCUUUGUGAUGAAAACAGACUCAGAUAUGUUUGUGAAUACCUACUAUCUCACUGAACUUCUUCUAAAGAAAAAUAAGAAGGUUAGCUUCUUCACUGGCUUUUUAAAAGAGAAUGAACAUCCAAUACGAAAACUGAUAAGUAAGUGGUAUGUGAGUGAAAAAGAAUAUUCAGGAAACUUGUACCCUCCAUUUUGUUCAGGGACUGGUUAUGUUUUGUCUGCAGAUGUUGCUAGUAGUGUAUAUAAAAUUGCCAAAGAAGUUCCUUAUUUUAAACUAGAGGAUGUUUUUGUAGGCAUGUGCCUCGCUAAACUCGACAUCAAACUGGAAGAACUUCAUUCAGAACAAACAUUCUUCCCAGAGAGGGUUGAAUUUUCUGCUUGUCGUUUUAGGAAAAUUGUGACAAGCCACUUUGUCAGACCUCAUGAGAAUCUUAUCUACUGGGAUGUACUGGAGCGGUCCCUGGAUGAAAAUUGUCAUCCAGGGACCUAUCCAGGUGGCUGAUAGGUUUCAACAGAGGCACAAAACUGCAUAGAACAUAAAUCCUGAAACUUUUGCUUAGAUACUGAAGUCAAACCUAUUUUAGAUAAGGAGAUGCUGACAUUGCUUUUUACAACCCAAGCCUAUGCUUGUUUGUUUAGGAGUAAUGUUUACUCCCAGGUAAACAGCCUGAAAAACCGACUGCAGCAGUAUGCCAAAGAGGAUAGGGCUCCUGAACUGAUGGAUAGUUGUGAAGAACAAGGAAUUUCAGCAGGUGUAGCUUGCCGAAGAAGCUUCAUGAGCCUUACAUGCUGAAAUUCCAUCUUCUCCACAAUUAUUAAUGGUGUAGGAGCCCUGCCCUCCUUUGUAUCUGGCCACUCUAGUUCCAUAGCAGGCUGUGCAGCAGGAGAGUUGCUCUGGUGGUAGGCACACUUCAUAGCAAUAUAAUGAGUCACCAUACUCAUCUUCAAGAUUGUUGACUAGCUCUUUAAACAGGCACUGUUCAGCCCCUGAGUUUUAAUAAAGUUAAUGCGUGAAACAACUUUUGUCCCAACAUGUUUCAUACAUGUUUGUGCACACAUUCUCCUGGUGGAUCAUACUGUUAAAUGUGAUCAAUUCACUUGUGUCAGUAUUGAGACACUUCAUUUCUUUCUUUCUGAUCGAAGAGUAGGAUCCAAAGGGGUGUAUUGUAAGUCAUGAUGUCAGAGAAUUUUGACGGAAGCAGAAUUUGCUGAUAUUUGCUUAUUUGUUCCACUUCUGCAACAGAAAUGAAUCCACAUAAUAUGUGUAGUAUUUGCUAUCGUUUUCAGCCCACAAAUGAUACACAAUGAGUUUCCUCCCAUUUGCAUUGCAUUUUCUUUGUAUUUCUAUGGUGUGGCAUAACUUAAUAACAUUGUAAUUAUGUAAUUAGUUACAAAAAUGUGACUUACCAUAUUAUUAUUUAUUAAAUUUGUAUACUGCCCUUCA